AUGGCAGAGAUACCAUCAAAUGUUGUUAGUCAAGAGCUCACAUCGACAUUGCAAGAAUGUUUAACACAAUUAGAACAGGAGUAUAGGAUUAUUGUAUUAAUCAAUCACAGAAACAAAAAUCAACAUAAAGUGGCAACUUGGUGGAUGUCGUUUAACAUAUUGAAAAGAAAAACGUGCAAAACAAUUCAUUUAUUAAGGUUAUACUUUGAUGCCAAACAACUGAAUCAAAAAAUCAUUCAAAGCACAAAACAAACUAAAAAAACCAAAGUAAUAAAAGAGAGACUAAAGAAACUACGUAAUAUUAACCUUUAUUUAAUAAGUUUGUACGAUAUUCUUUGUUAUUUUCAAAAAAAACAAUUAAAAUCCAUAUAUUAUAAUUUUAAUGGAAUUAUAGCGUUGGGACAAUUCGCCACUUUAGGUGUUGUGUUAGUUGGAAUAUUAGCUAGGAUAUAUUCAUUAAGUUUAAAGUUAACCAACGCAAUAACUGAAAGCGUCGAGGAAAUUAAAACCAGAUUAAAGAGGAACACAAAAUAUGAAUUGGACAAUAAUAUUGAUAAGGACAGUGAGGUUGAUGAUAUAGGAGAGGAAAUUGUUUUAGAACAAGCCCAGACAUCAACGGCAACGCUAAGAGAUGAAAAAUCAAGGAAAAGACAAAUUACUUUGGAUGGAGAUGAAUUUGUUGAAAAGAAAAAAAAGCCGGUUAAAAAGGUAAAGAAAAGUAAAAAUAAAAAAAAGGGAAAUGCCAUUGAUGAUAUUUUUGGUUAA